UAGGUAGUCAUUAAUGCUUAGUAAGUAUCAGAUUUUAGUUUCCCAAAUCAGUUUGAGACAUAAAAUCAGCUAGUUACUCUUUCUUGGCUUUGUUUGACCCUGUAAAUUAUGGAUUCAAACUUUGAUUUCGUAAACGGUUUUUCUGCUAUGUCGCCAAAUUCUGAGGAUCAGUUCUCAAGUCUUAUAGACGAGUACACAUUCAACCAACUCUCUCCUCUUCCUACUACAGACCUUAACUUCCAUGAAGGUCCAAAUCUUUUGUCUGAUGUUGAUCUGGGUCCCACUGGUUUUGAGCCCUCGAUCACCACCACCGGUGGUCCAGAGGGUCAACCAUAUGAUCCACCACAUGUUGUUAUGCCGCCUAUGUUACAGGCAGACUCGACGACGUCCCCGGACGACAAUGAUUUCUCUGAAACGGUUUUCAAGUACAUGAAUCAGAUUCUUAUGGAAGAGAACAUUGAAAACAAGCCCUGCAUGUUUUAUGACCCUUUGGGUCUAAAAGACACUGAGAAAUCUUUCUAUGAUGCUCUUGGUCAAAAAAACCCUCCUUUACCAAAUCAAAAUAGCGGUGAGAGUCCUGGGCUUUCAUCAAGCAGUGGUGAUUAUGGUACUAAUAGUACAAGUAGUUCUAGUACUGUCAAUGAUGCUCUAUGUCUAAGUGAUCUUGGUGAGCAAAACUACCAGCCUUCUUUAUCACCGCCUCCUAUUCUGGGUGAGUAUAAUGCUGUUCAGUCUAAUUUCAAUCCCACUGAUCAAUCACAGUUUUUUGGGAAUUUGUCAGAUGAUAGUGUCAAUCAUUUUGGUGAUGGGUUGGAGGUUAUGGCUCAGAAUAUUUUUACUAAUAGUGAAUCAAUAUUGCAAUUUAGGAGGGGGUUAGAGGAAGCUAGUAAGUUCCUUCCUAAGAGUAAUAAUUUGGUUAUUGAUUUGGAUAGCAACACGGUUUCUUCGACUGAGUUGAAGGGAGAGGAUCUAAAGGUAGAAUCUCUGGUGGUGAAGGGUGAGAAAGAGAGUGAUUCAUCGGAUGGGUCGAGAGGAAGGAAGAAUCGUGAGAGGGAAGAGAUAGAAUUAGAAGAAGGUAGGAGCAAUAAGCAGACUGCAGUUUAUGUAGAUGAGUCUGAGGAGACUGAGUUAUCAGAAAUGCUUGAUAAGGUUUUGCUUUGUAUUGAUGCGCCUGCUUCACUGUAUGGUGAUAAUUGUGAGCCUUUGCAGAAUGAUGCUAGCAAGGCCUCGCCGCAGACAAAGGGGCAGGCACAAGGAGGUAAUGGUGGGAAAGGUAGUCGUAAUAAGAAGCAAGGGAAGAAGAAGGAGACAGUUGAUUUGAGGAGUCUUUUGAUUCUAUGUGCACAAGCUGUCUCCACAGGUGACGGUAGAACGGCUAAUGAGUUAUUGAAGCAGGUUAGGCAACACUCAACCCCUUUUGGUGAUGGAUCUCAGAGAUUGGCUCAUUUCUUUGCUAAUGGUCUUGAGGCACGCUUGGCUGGCACUAGUGUAGGAACUCAAAUGUUUUACACUUCCAAUAGGGUAUCGUCAACUCUUGAAAAGUUGAAAGCUUACCAAGUUCAUCUUUCAGCCUGCCCUUUCAAGAGGAUCUCAUAUUCCUUUUCUAAUAAAAUGAUUUUUCAUGCAGCAGAGAAAGAAACUACUCUUCAUAUUGUAGAUUUUGGUAUCCAAUAUGGUUUCCAGUGGCCACUUCUGAUCCAAUUUCUCUCAAAAAGACCUGAAGGAGCUCCCAAGCUACGCAUUACAGGGAUUGAUCUUCCCCAACCUGGAUUCCGUCCAGCAGAGUGCAUUGAGGAGACUGGUCGUCGCUUGGAAAAGUACUGCAACCGGUUUAAUGUUCCUUUUGAAUACAAUGCUAUAGCAUCACAGAACUGGGAAACUAUUCGAAUUGAGGAGCUUAAGAUUGAGAGGAAUGAGGUGCUUGCUGUGAAUUGUGCAUUCCGGAUGAAGAACCUACUUGAUGAAACAGUUGAAGGGACCAGUCCAAGGGAUGCAGUUUUAAACUUAAUCAGGAGGAUGAAACCUGAUAUUUUUAUUAAUUCUAUUAUUAAUGGGUUUUAUAAUGCCCCCUUCUUUCUCACGAGGUUCCGAGAAGCACUUUUCCACUUCUCUGCAUUAUAUGAUGUAUUUGAUGUUACUAUACCCCGUGACAAUCCACAGAGGUUGAAGUUUGAGAGAGAGUUCGUUGGGAGGGAGGCUAUGAAUGUUAUUGCAUGCGAAGGCUUAGAGAGGGUUGAGAGGCCUGAAACAUACAAGCAGAGUCAAGUCCGAAUUUCAAGGGCUGGGUUCAAGCUGCUCCCUUUGAACCAAGAGAUCAUGAGUUUAUUCAGGGCUAAGAUGAAGGCAUGGUACCACAAGGAUUUUAUUCUUGAUGAAGACAACCACUGGAUGCUCCAGGGAUGGAAAGGCCGGAUUGUCUAUGCUUCCUCUUGUUGGGUUCCGGUUUAGGAAUCCUGUACAAUAUAUUUUUUGUAAAACUCUCUUUCUUUCUUUUGGGGUCGUAGAAAUUAUGAAGUGACAAAGUGUGUACUUCAGAUGGAUGACACUAGGAUGCCAGAAUAUCUGAAACAUACAACCAUUGUCAAUUAACCUGAUAGAUUUGUUUUGUUUA